GGAUUCCUUACCGAUCAAGUCUUGCUCGGCGCCCGUGUACUCCGCUAGUUGAGUGGCCGAUACUCCCCCCUCGAGAUGUUGAUUCUCUAUCAACAGAGGGAAGAUUCCCAUGUCAAUGACGCAGCGCAAGGCGGCAUUUUGGGGAGGCUAUACACCGUCAGAACCAAAGUGUCCGAUCAAACAAACAAGUGCCACGCUCGUUUACCUGAUAGAUCAGCCGCAGCACGGUCUCCGUCGGCGUUUCGAUGGCCAAUUUAAGUUGGUCGAUCAUCUGAAGGAGCUCAAAGUGGGUUUGUGGUGAUGGCUUUGCGCCAUCUUGCAAUGCGAGUUGUCCAAGGCGAUUGAGUAUCGCAUACAGAGGUGUAGUCACUGUCAUGGCGGCGGUACACGAAAGAGUUUCGGGAGCUGGAACUUGGGAUGUUGGAUCAAGAAGUUGAGGUAUCACGGGGGAGGGGAGCCCAUCCUGUAAAUAGUGACACCUUUCCUGCUGCCUGCACUUGCCCUCUCGAUCAUGCAGGCUCACACAGGCUUACCCUUCCAUUCGGAUGCGGCCAAUUCGGGGGAGUUGGGAACAUCCCAAAAUUCCCGGCCCAUUUUCAGCUUUACCUCCACCGAUGACUUGGUUGAGAAUGUCCGAAAACGAGGGACGGCUUACGGGAGGCUAGCCAUGGCGCACCUCGCUCUACAUUCAGAAGACAAAGGAUUGUAUCAUUCGGAACAAUAUGGAAAUCUCCGUUCGGUGAACAUCGCCCAUGUCCUGCAUUGAGUAGGUGGAGCUGAGUCCUGAAUCCUGUGUCCUCUCGGGAAGCGAUUGGAUUCUGGCCCACUUCGUGGACGCAUUUGCUCACCCCCUGAGUCUUCCCGAUCGACACGGAAGCAGCUCGAACGAGAGAAAACACUUCUAGGGGCGAUGUUUGCUGCAUAUAUCUGCCUCGUCGUCGAGGGAAGGAAUCAUCACCAUCGACAGAACACGAAUAGACUCGACAUAGUUCGAACGGGGCCCGCUUCGUUUCCUCAGCACCGGAUCCCCGCCCAAUUGACUAUUGAAAUCGUGCCAAUUGACCGUUGCAUAUCCUCUUUAGCGCCGGGAAAUAUCUAUGCACUUUCCGCCGACGCCGCCAUCUGAGCUGGACACGCGAUGGAUGCCCGCCAUUGCCACCGUCAGCUUGGGCGCGGCCCAUCUGCACUCGCUCCCGGCAAAAAUCGACUCCGCUGCUCAGAAUGGCCAACGGGGUCUGGAACUCUUCCACGAUGAUCUCGCGCAGUUCGCCCAGUCGCUGCGCCGUCAUGCACGUCACGCAUCGGCGGAUCGCACCGACCGCGAGUAUGAGAUCGACGCCGCGCACGCCAUUCGCGAUCUAUGCACAAAGCGGGGCCUCCAAGUGUUAGCUCUACAACCCUUUAGACACUACGAAGGCCUAUUGGAUCCGAAUCAGCAUGCCCAGCGCAUCGAUGAGCUGAAGCAUUGGGUGGAAUUAUCCAAGAUCCUCGGCGACGACCUCUUCAUCCUCAUUCCUUCUUCCUUCCUCGACCCCUCGCAAAUCACCGACGACCGAGACCGACUGGUGGCCGAUCUCAGGCAAGCCGCGGAUGUGGCAUUCCCUAUCCGUAUCGCUUACGAGGCAUUGGCUUGGGGCACGUACAUCAAUACCUGGGAGGACAGCUGGGACAUCGUUCGACGGGCAAACCGGCCGAAUCUGGGCAUCUGCUUGGACACGUUCAACAUCGCAGCACGGCUGUGGGCCGAUCCGGCCAGCCCGACGGGACGUCUCUCAGCUCACGCAGACAUUGAUUUGCAGGCAUCGAUGCAACGACUCGUGCAAGAGGUCGAUCCUAGCCGGGUCAUGAUGGUACAGCUGGCGGAUGGAGAGCGGGUCGACCCACGAUCACCGUUCCUCCACACACCAGGUAUGCCCAAAUUACUCUCAUGGUCACGGAAUGCGCGUCUGUUUCCGUGUGAAGAAGAACGAGGUGGCUAUUUGCCUAUUUGUGAGGUGGCCGAUGCUUGUCUCAAUGGGCUGGGCUACACCGGAUGGGUCAGUAUGGAAGUAUUCUCCCGAAGUACUGGGGAGUCUAGACCAUCGGUGCCAGAUGAACAUGCCGCACGAGCGGCGCGAUCAUGGCAGCGGAUCUUGCAACAGCUGGAUAAGAAAGAUGAGAAAUUACACAAUCUUUGAUAGAUACGCCUAAUUUGGUGUUAGUGAAGCGUGCAAAGUAGAUUCCACAAUUCUAGGUAGAAUUUUCAAGGACGUUGAAUUGUCGCAAGAAAA